AAGUGGCAUCUGGCACGAGAUUGCUGCUUUAAGAGAGGACGGUCCACCAAGCCUGAGAGGCUGUCAGGUGAGAGCCAUCGCGAUCAGGACAGCCGGCAGGACACCACUCAGCCCAGCAGAGACUAGCCCGGCAUCUCAGAGGUGCAGCCUGAGGCGAUUCAAGCCUACUUGAGCAACGCCUGGGUUUCUCUGUCCUUUGGCCCCAACCCAGGCCUGCACGCCCCUAGGUUGAAGAGUCAGGUGAGCAAAAGUACUGACACUGGCUGCCAGCAGGUGUUGGUGGCACUAUUCGCGUGCAGCUGGAACCCGUUGCUUGCCUCCUCUGGUGCCGCCCGAAUCUGGCUUGGGAAUGUACAGUCCUGAGAAACCAAAGAUCACGAUGAGGAACUGGCUGCUUGUUUUGACCCCUUUCCUCUUGAAGCUCACGGAGAAAUGUGAGUCAACUGUCAGUCUCACUGUUCCUCCCACGGUGAAGCUGGAAAACGGCAGUUCAGCCAAUGUCAGCAUCACCCUUGGGCAACCAUUAAAUGCGACCUUGGUGAUCACUUUUGAAAUCACGUUUCGUUCCAAAAAUCUUACUAUUCUGGAACUCCCUGAUGAAGUUAUAGUGCCUCUCGGAGAGAAGAAUGCCUCUUUCCAAGUGACUUCUCAAAAUGUUGGACAAGUGACUGCUUAUCUGCAUGGAAAUCAUUCCAACCAGACCUGUCCCAGGAUUCGGUUCCUAGUGAUACACAGCAGACUCGUUAGCAUCAUAAACCAGGUGAUUGGCUGGAUCUACUUCAUGGCCUGGUCCGUCUCCUUCUACCCACAGGUGAUCCAGAACUGGAGGCGGAAAAGUGUCGUUGGUCUCAGCUUUGACUUCUUAGCCCUGAACUUGACAGGCUUCGUGGCCUACAGCGUUUUCAACGUCGGCCUUUUGUGGGUGCCCUACAUCCAGGAGCAGUUUCUCCUCAAAUACCCCAACGGCGUGAACCCUGUUGACAGUAAUGACGUCUUCUUCAGCUUACACGCGGUCGCCCUCACUCUGAUUGUCAUCCUGCAAUGCUGCCUGUAUGAGCGAGGCAACCAGCACGUGUCAUGGCCCUCCAUUGGCUUCCUGGUACUCGCAUGGCUCUUUGUCUUAGUCACCAUGAUUGUAGCGGCAGUCGGUGUCACCACAUGGCUGCAGUUCCUCUUCUGCUUCUCCUACAUCAAGCUCGUCAUCACGCUGAUCAAGUAUUUCCCACAGGCCUACAUGAACUUUUACUACAAAAGCACGGAGGGCUGGAGCAUUGGCGGUGUGCUCCUGGACUUCACAGGGGGCAGCUUUAGUCUCCUCCAGAUGUUUCUCCAGUCUUACAAUAAUGACCAGUGGACCCUGAUCUUCGGAGACCCAACCAAGUUCGGACUUGGCAUCUUCACCAUCUUCUUUGAUGUUGUCUUCUUCAUCCAGCACUUCUGUUUGUACAGAAAGAAACCGGGGCUUCAGGCAGCACACACAGGUCCCGACAGCCAUCCCAGCCAGAACUGGGCACCAAGUUUGCAGCCGAUGGCCUUGCCCCAAACCACCAGUGUUUCUGGGAGCAGCUUGAAGGGCUGACCUUGCAGCUGGGAGAGCCAAACGUGCUUUGUUCUGCCGCAGUGUUCCCAGGGACCAAGCAGCCAGUUGCUGUGGCCAGUGGACUUGCAGGUGCUGAUGCUGGUGAUGAGGGGAGUGGACUGGGGUUAGGCUUUCGGGUCCUUUCUCUAGAAGCCACAUUUCCAUACAACUCUGCUGCAGUAAAUGCAGAACAUGUGG